AUGCCUGCAAAGACUCGCGAGUAUUACAUGACGACUAGCCCAAACCGGGACUUCGCCUGGUUCUUCUUCAGGACUCCCACACCCCAGCCGCCAAGGCGUGCGCCAAAACCACCACCGCCCAGCAAGGUUCCCCAGAUACAUCUUGAGAAGAUGGCACCGAUGACGGAGGGACUGGGGGAGGCACUGAUGACACCUGCCCACGUCAAAACGAGAGGCAAAGUCAGAUUGGAACCCAGCAAACCGAAGAAGCCAAACUCGAAAAAUACGGGAGUCAAGAAUGGAAACCCAUGGUCAGAAUGGUAUGUGAGCGAUGACGGCAACUACUUCUGGCGGGCAAGGGAAGCCCGGAAUGGAACCUGGGAGUACCAGUUCACUCCAGGCCAUCAAGAGCCCGCCCCAACCCAAGACAGCACUCCGACAUCAUCCAUCGGUGAACUCAACCGACCUCUCUCUCCUAUCGCAGAGCAGUCCCUAGGCAGCCCAACCCCCAGCCUGAUUCCGGACCCGACGUCCCCCAAGAACUCCUGGCCCACGAUAUUAACAGCUUCGACCGGCCACCCAACAGAAGACAUGUCAGCUUCCAGCGGCAGGACACUGGUCACUCUCCCCAGAGAGGUAGAAGACGGCAACCAGUUUGAAACAACACUUGCACCGCUUUACCAGGCAACCAAUGUCCCUGGCACCAGAAACAACGACAUCAAAAGAAACACCAACAAGAGGCCAGUCGGCCCGGUAAUGCGUCUUCUCCAAGAGAGCCGCAGCCGCAAAAACCGGGCCAAAACGGAGGCAACCAAAUCCACGGCCAACAACAACAUCCCAUGGACGACAGAGAUGAACGGUGACCAACCGCAGCAAGGGGGGGAUCAUAACAACAGCGGAAGCAUGCCCGUGGUCAAAAACAAGAUGACAGUAGCACUCGCCAAGAAGCUGCAUGCCAGGGUCAGGGCGGAAAAGGAACUCAGGGUCGAUCCGAAGAGGAGGGUGAAGAAUUGGCUGAAGGGAGUUGAGCUUGAUCUGGAGCCGAUACCGUUGGACGCGGAGGGAUUUCCUCUUUACUAUUGA